AUGCUGAAGGUGUCUCUUAUGUUGGCGGUCGGCCUGGCCGCGCCGUGCGGUGAUACGGGCUAUGAGUGCGGGGACCACGGGACCUGCACGCUUAUCGGAGAGGUCUACCGCUGCGUCUGCGCCCCCGGAUGGACGGGCUACGAUUGCAGCAGUUGCUCCCGCGGAUUUGUUAACCUUGUGGAGAACUGCAUCCCGCCGAGCUGCAUUGAGGAUGGCUUGGAGUGCGGCGGCAGGGGCACGUGUCUCUACUUGAAAAGCAAGAACGCCUGGGAGUGCGGAAGCUGUCCGGUCGGCUUCUACCAGUAUUCCGGCCGCUGUGUCUCUUCGUAUUGCUAUGGUGACGAGGAGGCCGGCGGGGUGACCACGGAGCGUCCCUGCAGUGGUCAGGGGAUCUGCAUCUUCAACGGCGCCUCGGAGGCAGACCGGGUCAGACCUGAUGUGUACAUCUGCUCCUGCAAUCUGAUCCACACGGGGUCCCAGUGCCAGAACUGUGACCCAAGAUUUGGGAAGAUUGAUCCUCUUCUUCGCGCCUGCGUCGCGAUGUCCUGCUAUGAUGGGGAGGACACAGAGCCUUGCCAGGGCCGUGGAGAGUGCGUUGAGAAUAUCCAGCAACACCCAUUUACUGGGGAGCUCACCACGGGCUACAUCUGUCGUUGCGGCUAUCCGUACCAGCUUGUUGGCACGGCAAAGUGUCUCCCGCUGAAUUGCGUCUCCACCCAAGCGGGCGUAGCAACUGAGUGUGGAACUGGUGGCGUCUGUGAGAGCAGCGGGAGCCAGUUUAGUUGCAGAUGUCUCAGCGGCUUUGUUCAACUUACCGAUGGUCAUUGUACCGCACCCGCUUGUCGACAGAAUGAUGGGGCUUUAGCAUGCAGUGAUAUUGGAGCAUGCGUGUCUGGCGGCGAAGACCCUACGAAUCCAAAUACGUACUACUGUCAGUGCCCGAUGAGCUAUUCCAGCGGCGACUAUUGUGAAGUGUGUGACAAUCAGCGGGGUACUACGAUUAAUGGAAAGUGCGUUGCCAAGAGCUGCGUUGCCGAUAACACUGUCUGCAGCAACAACGGAGACUGUGUGCUGGAAGGGCUUUUUGCAUACCGCUGUAAGUGCCACGAGGGGUAUGAGGCUCACGGCACAAACGUCUGCGCCAAGCCCGGGUGCUGGGAUUCCAUCGUCAAUAAGACUUGCAGCGGAGCGGGGCAAUGCACAUCCAACGGCUGCCAAUGUAAUUCUGGCUUCACGUUGCGUAGCAUGCGGUGCAUUCCCACCAAGCUCAUCAGUGGCAGUUGGGUUUGCAGUGGCAACGGCACAGCCACUAUCUCAUCGUCCAGCGCAGACGCAUCUAAGCCAGAAAACUGGAUCUGUCAAUGUGAUGGCGUCACGAAGGGGACGCUCUGCAACGAGUGCAACACUGAACGGCGGCCUCCUGCGGCUUAUAUGAUCAAUGAUGCUUGCACCGCGGCCGCGUGCGUCUCUGAUUCCACCACAUCUCCUCCCACGAUUUGCAACGGGGUACAAGGAGCUACUUGUUCGCAAUACGGCGUUGACGCUGACUCCGUGUUUUACUGUAAGACUCCAGAUAAGAGCCAGUAUUUGGUAGCUUAUAACAGCUCCCUGGUUGUCCACAGGGGCUGCACGUAUCCUUCAAAGACGGAAUAUCCCCUGAACCUAUAUUGCGGGCUUCUUGAUGGGCACACUAUGUAUAUAGACGAUCCGGGGGCCCCACAGUGUUUGUCUGCGCUCACAUCUACCUGUAGCUGUGAGGACCCAUUCAACUUUGUGACUGUGGAGGAUGCUAUCAAGAGCGAACUCGGAGACGUGCAAUACCGUACAUCAUGCAUCCACAAGGCCUGUUUAAAUCCGGACCUUAAGGGAACAACAGACGAGACGGUUCUGCAGAAUCCUGAUUCUUAUUGCAACGGUCUCGGUGACUGCCUCCAAGACGACCACGGAGACUACACAUGCUUCUGCGGGCCGGGGUCCACGUACUUCAAAGGUACUUGUGUGUCCAACGCAUGUCUGACGCAGGACCCAGAGACAGAUGCCACCGUGAUGUGUGGUGGCCUGGGGAUUUGUGCCCUUGACACUUACGGAUACUGGGGUUGCGUUUGCGAAUAUCCAUACUUUGGUAGCGGCUCUAGCUGCUAUCCUAUCGGUUGCGGAUACCAUGACCCUCUGGACCGCACGACUGUGCUUUGUGGAGGGGAGGGCAGAGGGACGUGUGUGGCCAAUGAGACGCACCCUGAACUCGCCACCUGUGCGUGCAACCGAGGGUUCACCCUGAUUAAUUCAAACUACUGCGCUCCAAGUGCGUGCACGGCCUAUGGAGCCGAUAGGGAAGGAGUGGAGCCUAGUCUCUCUUAUGUCUGCAGCGGUAUCGGUGACUGCUUCUACAACCCUGUCACUGGGAGCUAUGAGUGUCACUGUGGAGAGGGAUACUAUGCAACCGGCCCAUACUGCACGCUGGCGCAGUGCAUUGUUGUGAUCGAUGCCGGGGAAGCCAUCCCUGGCUUAAUCGGUAAUCUGUACCUCGAGUGCGGCUUCGCUGGUGCCGGGACCUGCACCUCCGAUGGGUGCACUUGCAACAGUGGGUACGUCAAAACCGCGUCUCUUUCAAUGUGUGUUCGUGCCGGAUGUAUCGAUGAAAACAACGUUUACUGUGGCGGCGAUCAUCACGCGGCCUGUGUGGACAAGGGCGAUGGCACCGGCUUCUCUUGUGUUUGCACUGCACAGCACGUGAACGUUAAUGGAACAUGCGUUCCCAAGAAAUGCGUCACUCGGGAUGUCAAUGGAAAUAAUGUUGUCUGCGGCGGAAGGGGUCAGUGCAUUCAGAUGUGGACCGGCUACAUGUGUGCAUGUGACAACAACACCCCGGCAGUGCCCUCCGGAGAUUCCUAUACGUGCCCUCAUCCAGAUUGCUGCGGCCAAGUCGGGGAGGAUAUGGUGGUUUGCAGCGAUCAAGGUAGCUGCAAGGAGACUACGACUGGUGGGUUCUGUGUCUGCAACAACGGGUACUCGCUUGUUGGCAAGUCGCAGUGCAUAGUCUCUGAGUGUGUGCAGACGGACGGAAACGGAGUGACCUCUAUCUGUGGCGGCGGCGAGUGCAUUGCGACAAAUGAUGUUCACUCGUGUGCAUGUGCCAAUGGAUUUUCUAACGUUGAUGGGAGGUGUGUUCAUUCGAAUUGUAUAGACACUUACGAUGGUGAGCAGAUCGAAUGUAGUGGCUUUGGGAAGUGCACUGCCGUGGAUUCUUCGUACAAGUGUGUCUGUAACCUUGGGUAUUCGCCUGGGACGGAGCCUAAUAGGUGUUUCAGUGUUAUGUGCUUAUCUACCAUCGGUGACAAGGGUUACGAGUGCGGUGGCCACGGGAAGUGUACGUACUCCGAGGAACAGGAGGAGUUCUCUUGCACCUGUGAAAGCGGCUAUAAGAAUAUCGACGAUACUAGCGCGGGCUACUCUAUUACAUACUUCUGUGUUACCUCCGGAUGCACAACCACCUCAGAGGCUGGGCAGACGGUCUGCAACGGCGGAGGCAUGUGCGAUCCUACAAGUGGAAGAUGCGUGUGUAAUGAGGGUCACGCAGGCGAUACGUGCGCUGACUGUGCUGAUGGCUACAUCCGUCCUCCGGAGGAGUAUAUCUUCAAGCACUGCAUGAAGACCACCUGUGCAGACAGUACGUGUGGAGGUACAGGGAUGUGCGUGCCCUCGCUCCUCUAUAAUCAGAUGGUCUGCGAAUGCGCAGAUCACCACACUCCUCUUGACGGGCGCUGCGUUCCAUGUGCAAUAGACAACUGUGAAACCUGUGACGUGUCGCAGCUAGGUCGCGCUUGUAGCCUCUGCCAGGAUGGAACAUACUUGAGUGGUGACCAGACGCAGUGUCUGCCGUGUCAUGCGGACUGUAAAACAUGUCAGGGUCCCCAAAGCACCCAGUGUCUUUCAUGCGUAGAGGGGAAGGUUCAUAGCCUCAACGGAAUGGGUGCGUCUGGCUGUAAGGAGGAGUGCAGAAUCAACGUGGAUGGAUGCAAGUCCUGUGGGGCUAUGAUAUCCAAGACAAAAUACUGCUCCCAGUGCCAAAGCCAGACCUCUGUUCCGGUCAACGGAGAAUGUAAGUCCCAAGCUACGAGGGCUAGUGAGUGUUCUCGCUACUCCAAGGGUGCGUGCUUAGCGUGUGCCGAUGGGUAUUUCCUCUACGAAGGCGGCUGCUACGAGACAUCGAAGUUACCCGGUAGGGACGUUUGCUCCAUGGCCUCUAGUGGGAGCUGCAGCUAUUGCAAGAUAGGAUAUAGCAACCUUGCUGGGACGUGUACUGCAUGUAAAAACGAAAACUGCGCCAGCUGCAACAUUGUGACAACUUGCGAUGAGUGCAAGCCCGGUUGGUCCCUGGUCAAUGGUGAGUGUGUAAGCUGUGCUGCAGAGUGCGAAAGCUGCACGCAGGGAUCACCAAGUACGUGCAAAAGCUGCAAAGAUGAGUACUUCGCGUCGUUUUCCUUCUCUGGCGAUGCCAGUGGCCCUUGCCGCCCUUGUUCCGACACCACACCCAUGGAUGGAAUCGUCGGUGUUCCCGGAUGCAAGUAUUGCACUCUUCCGCUGACGAAUGGAACAAACGAGAAUCCCGUCUCGGUAAUCUGCCUGACCACAGAGAGCGCCGGUAAGAUGAUGUCCACUGGAGCCAUAGCGGGGAUAACCAUAGCCGUCCUGGUGGUUGUCGGAGGCUCCGUUGCUGGGGUUCUGGUCUGGUUCUUCCUUUUCAGAAAUCGGAAGGGGCCCAUGAAGAAGAGCCCUCGCAGGAGGUUCCAUCCAGACGAAACAUCGACCUCCCUUCUGAGCCAGGAUUACGGGUCUUCCAUGCUUUAA